AUGUUAAAAGAACAUACUAUCAACCAUAAGUCGAUCGAUCUAGAAAAGUUUAUUCCACAACGAGUGAUUUCCAAAGAUGUACCGGUGAAAAUAGAUGUGGCUGAAAUUGCUUGCAAAGUAUGUUCUACGGACGUAAGUAAUGUGGACGAGUUGAUCGCACAUAUCGUUUCCCAACACGACCAAGAAUACGACGGAUCGAACGGAGUGUGCGUUUUCCCGUUCGUCCUUAACAGGCAAUUGAUGCAGUGUGUUCUCUGCGAUGAUAAAUACGACAACUUUACGUGCAUUCUCGCCCACAUGUUCAAGAAGCAUAUCGAGCACAGAUACAUCUGUCAGAUUUGCGGCCUCAGCUUCAUCGAUCAAGUCAGACUGAAGAGGCACAUAAAUAAUAGUCAUAACGGGUACCGGUGUAAAAUAUGCGGGAAAUUAUUCGACGCUUUCCACAAAUUAGACAAACACAAGCAACGAAUACACGGGCAAGUGCGAUCACAUGGAUGCAGUUUAUGCAGUGCUACUUUUGCGAGUCCGUACCAAGUUAAGGUACAUAUGGGAAAAGUGCACAACGUCGAAAAAUAUAGGAUACAAUGUGAACACUGCCCAAAAAUCUGUACGACAAAAGGUGCGAUGCUCCUACACGUACAGUCUCUACACUCCGAUGCUAAAUACGAAUGUGAUCUCUGUGAAUAUAGAACCGGGAUCAAAUGGAUGCUAAAGUUACACAAACGGAGGCAUUUCGGAGAACCUAGAGGUGGUCAGAAAACUGCGAAACAGCUGAGCGUCAAUAUUAACCCACCAAUCAGCGAAGAAGAAACGAUUCCAAUUGCAGAAAUGAUCACGCAGCCCAAAUUGGCACUGACUUCGAAAGGAAGACUGAAAAUAAUGAGAAACAACGUGCUCCAAGUGCUGUUGAAGUCGACCGUGAUGCCGUUUCGAUGGCUUAAGAGCUCUUACAGAUGUUUCUAUUGCUAUGACAUUUUCCAAGAAUCUUCUGAACUGAAGGAUCAUCAACAGAUCCAUAUUGGGGAUAACCUUAAAGAGCAAGCGAUGAAUAAUUACUGGGAACAGGUUGUUUACAUUGAUAUUUCAAAUAUGGCGUGUAAAUUAUGCCCAGAGAAAAUAAACGACCUAUACGACUUAAUAGACCAUCUAGUAGACAAGCACGAUGUUGUAUACAACAAAGACAUUGGUGUGUGCAUGGUGGCGUUCAAGCUGGACAACUUCGCAGUGAACUGCCUGGCUUGUGGUGCAAGCUUCUACACAUUUGGACCACUUUUGCAUCACACCAACAAGGACCAUAAGGGCAUAUCGGCGAUCCUCUGCGAGGUUUGCGGACAAAACUUCAAAGAUGCAAACCUCUUGAGGUUGCAUGUUAAAACCGUUCACGAAAACACCGGGGUUCUGUGUCCCGAAUGCGGAGUUAAGUUUGAAACGCGCUCAAAGCUAAAAACCCAUCAAAAGAACCAGCACGAUUUGGACAAAAAAUACAAAUGUUUGGUGUGCACCCAGACGUUCCAGAGCCACUACAAGAGAUCCCGACAUAUGGCGGCCGAACAUAAGAACAAACAAGAAGUGAAGUGCCUGCACUGUCCGAAGACCUUCGUAUUUAGGAGUAUGAUGAUGACGCACUUGCGGGAUACGCAUCUGAAAGUGAGGAAUCAUGUUUGCGGCGUUUGUGGGUGGAAAGCGUUCAACAGUAACCGAUUGAAGAACCACAUGUAUAAACAUAGUGGGGAGAAGAACUUCAAGUGUGAGGCUUGUGACAAAGCGUUCACUACAAAGAAAAUCAUGAGAGCCCACUAUGCGAGAAUGCACAAAGUGGUCCAGCAGCAAGUGAUGCCGUAUGACAACCCUUACGCUGGCCAUCAGUGA